AUGUAUACUGACCAGCUUGAGAUGUGUACUGACCUGCUUGAGAGGUAUACUGACGUGCUUGAGAGGUAUACUGACGUGCUUGAGAGGUAUACUGACGUGCUUGAGAGGUAUACUGACGUGCUUGAGAGGUAUACUGACGUGCGUGAGAGGUAUACUGACGUGCUUGAGAGGUAUACUGACGUGCUUGAGAGGUAUACUGACGUGCUUGAGAGGUAUACUGACGUGCUUGAGAGGUAUACUGACGUGCUUGAGAGGUAUACUGACGUGCUUGAGAGGUAUACUGACGUGUUUGAGAGGUAUACUGACCUGCUUGAGAUGUAUACUGACCUGCUUGAGAUGUAUACUGACCUGCUUGAGAGGUAUACUGACGUGCUUGAGAGGUAUACUGACGUGCUUGAGAGGUAUACUGACUUGCUUGAGAGGUAUACUGACAUGCUUGAGAGGUAUACUGACGUGCUUGAGAGGUAUACUGACGUGCUUGAGAGGUAUACUGACGUGCUUGAGAUGUAUACUGACAUGUUUGAGAUGUAUACUGACCUGCUUGAGAGGUAUACUGACCUGCUUGAGAGGUAUACUGACGUGUUUGAGAGGUAUACUGACGUGCUUGAGAUGUAUACUGACGUGCUUGAGAGGUAUACUGACGUGCUUGAGAGUUAUACUGACGUGCUUGAGAGGUAUACUGACGUGCUUGAGAGGUAUACUGACCUGCUUGAGAGUUAUACUGACCUGCUUGAGAGGUAUACUGACGUGCUUGAGAUGUAUACUGACGUGUUUGAGAUGUAUACUGACGUGCUUGAGAGGUAUACUGACGUGCUUGAGAGGUAUACUGACGUGCUUGAGAGGUAUACUGACCUGCUUGAGAGUUAUACUGACCUGCUUGAGAGGUAUACUGACGUGCUUGAGAUGUAUACUGACGUGUUUGAGAUGUAUACUGACGUGCUUGAGAGGUAUACUGACGUGCUUGAGAUGUAUACUGACGUGUUUGAGAUGUAUACUGACAUGUUUGAGAGGUAUACUGACCUGCUUGAGAGGUAUACUGACGUGCUUGAGAUGUAUACUGACGUGUUUGAGAUGUAUACUGACGUGCUUGAGAGGUAUACUGACGUGCUUGAGAUGUAUACUGACGUGUUUGAGAUGUAUACUGACAUGUUUGAGAGGUAUACUGACCUGCUUGAGAGGUUAUACUGA